AUGAUUCUCCGACGUUACGUUUAUGUCACCAAUGGUAAGAGUAAAUUUUAACUUUUUUUGUUGUAAGCUGGUUUCUUUCGAAAAAAAAUUAUACACUUCGUUUCAGCGAAUGGUGCUAACGGUCGUGCUAGCGUAGUCGAAGAACAAUCAGGUGAACUUUCUGAUCAUUGUGGUUUUACUCUAUUUCGGUUUCAGGAAACGAAACGAACACGGCUGAAGAACAGCCGGGCCCUUCAAGGCGUCGAAUCCCGCGCUGUUAGUUUCUUUUUUGGGUUGGGAUAUAUUUAAGAAGACAAAAUUUUGUUCGUUCUGUUAAUUAUUCUGUUUUCCAGCUAUUUCGCCGCCACCUCAACUGAGUAGAAUGGUUCCAAGGUUUUUUUCACUCGAUGAUUAGAGUUUAUUCGACUUCUUUGUUCAGGGAAUCUGAUGAAGCCCCGGUUGCGAAAAAACGCGCCGUUGAUCUGCCAGAAGAGCCUUCUUCGGGUUAGUUAUCUUUUGAACAAGUGUAUCUAUAUAUUAAAACUAGAAUUUUAGUUUAUUUCUGCUGAAUUAUUGACUUUGGUCAUAAAAACUUUCAUUUGUAGGCGAACCCGUCCAUCAUCUCAAACGCCGCGUCAUGGUCCCGAAAUUUUUAGCGGUUCCGCCUGCGGAACCUCAAGUUUUGGGUAUGUUCUUCCGGGUCACUUACUCCAUUCACUGUGAGCUUGGGACAAUUUUAUUAAAAAACAUUUUUCACUUAUUCUUUCAUUAUUUUGUGAAGGAUUCGUUCAAAUAUUAUCUCAAAUUAGGAAUGAAAUCUCUUUUUGACCUCUUGCAUUUUCAGAAAGCCCCCCACUAGAAAGUUCGAUAAUCGCGCAUUUGGACAGCACCUCAUACGCCAAAUUGCGAGACAAGUGAGUCAAUCUUGUACUGCUCAAAGAAGGUUUCCUUUUCCAGAAAACCUUACUACGUCCCGCUUGAGAAACUUAUGGAGGAGUACGGUAUACCUGAGCAGUUUUUGUACGAAAGUGCGAACAAAGAGCGUUCGUUUUUGUGUUUUGAUACCGUAGUUUUCAUUUUAAAGUUCUCCUUUUCAACUUUUUUACGCUUUUUUUCUACAUAGAACCGCUUUGAUUUGAAGGGUCAUCAUCAUCGAGAUAGGUAGUAAAAUUUUCUACUCUCGUGAUUUUUUGUCUUAAUUUUCUGUAUUUUCGGGCGAAAAGGAAUGAAUCUGGUCGCAGAAACUUGAUGAACUCGAGUUUCAGAUUAGGAGCCUGACCUUGAUUUUUUUGUAUAUAAAUGAUAGGAGAAAGCUAUUAAAAAGGAAAAAUAAUUCUUGAACUUUCCGGUGAUAAUUUCCUUUAUUCAAAAAAUAUUUCUGAAACAAAAACUUAUAACGGUUUUCAAAAAAAAAAAAACUGUCAUAUUUUAUUAAAAUGUAGAGUAUGGGAAAGACAGGGAAAAUGGAAUUGGUCUUCAACCUUUAUUUUAAUUCUUCUCUUCAAUCUAAACUUUUCGAAAGUUGACAAUAUUUCAGAUAUCGUGGACGCUCUCAAACAAAUUCAGUUCUUGAGGGGGGAGAACAAAUUCUUGGAGACGCAAAUUAUGCUCGAGAAUCGAGAGUGGGUUCCUUUUUCUUAAUUCAGAAGUUUCAUCUUCGAUGGUGCGAAUUUUCAGCUUUUUUCAUAUCUAUGGGAAACUAUCUCAUCUUUUCUUCUAUUUUUUUCUUUUUUUUUACUUUCUUUUUUUCUCGUCAUUUACUUGCUUUUUUGUGUUUCUAGUAUCACCUCAAUGUAAAAAUCGCAUGAGGAAGUUGUCGAUCAAAAAAAAUUUUUUACGAAAGUUCCCUAGCGAUAUAUGUAAAAAAAAGCGGCUGUUUGAAGUUUUGCUAAUUUUAAUUUGCACCAUUGAUUUUUUGCAGAUCAGUUUUUCAUACUUUUCAUAUUUUCUUCCCCGUUUCUUCGAUGUUUCAAAGUAUUUUUCUUGCAGGCUCCGAUUUAAGCGCGAGACGGUCGAAGAGCUGCGUGAUGAUUACAAGAGGAUCCAGCUUGACAAAAACGAUAUCGUGGCCAAAACGCGCAGUUUGGCUGAUGAAAUCCGAGAAUUGAGACCCGGUUUGUUUCCAGGAAAAUUAUAGUUUCGCUCAUUACAAUCGAUUCCCGCCGUUGCCAGGAAACGCGGUGUUUUGGUGACAAAAUGGAUGUUUCCCUUGUGUCAGGAGUUCAUACGAAACGUAUUUUAUGAGUUGGCGAAAGUGCAAAAUAGGGGUUUUCUAAUCGAAGAUUUUGUUGCGAUUUGCAACUUGCGAGGAAAAAUGAUUAAACAAUUAUGACCCAUAAAAAAGAGGCAAUAAAUGAAUGCAAAAAAAUUUAGAUGAACAACAAAGGAAAGCAAAUCGAUAAAAUUCAAAUCUUAGUUUUUAGCAUAGUUAAUAAAGUUUUUGGGUGAUUUUAUGUGAAAAAAAUUUAAAGCUUCAAUUUUCGAAAGCUAGUAUCAAAACUUUUUUAUGAAAAAUUAUCGUUCAUUUUUUUCUUCCGAAUUAAAGUUCAGGAAGUAAUUUAUUUUCAGAACUAAUUUUCAAAUAGUUUAAAUGUUCACAAAGAUCAUUUAUCACUCUCAGGGAAUAUAUUUUACAUCUUGCUUCAAAGAGUUUUUUCCCCUACUCCCCUUUGAUUUCUAGGGUUUUCAGAUUUGGCCGAGAUGACCCUUGAGGACUUCCUCAACGGCGUCCAGCCACAACAGCCUCUGCCCUCUACGAGUCGCAAACCUCCUGCGAAUCCAUCGCAGCCGGCGACAAAGUCGUCGCUCGCCACCAAGUCGCCGCUUCCCCCGAAAGCCUCGGAAAAGAAAGUUCCGCGAAUCAGACAGCCCGUCUUCGAGAUCCGUCCUCGUCGCAGCGGCAGAAAGAUCACUGCCACUCCCAAGGCGGCUGCCAACCGCAAGAAGUGA